UUCAAAACAUAGAUCGGCCGUGAGUGACCUGCAACUAUCAGCUGUCACCACAACAUCAGUUAUAGUGAUCGAGGGGAAGCAGCCUGGAGUUAAAGACCAACUUCGCAGCUAACGUUUGAAAGAGACGACGCCCGAGUUUAUUUGUAUUCUGAUUAUUUCAGUGCAGAACAUCAUAGGAACGAUAAAGCGUCUUCUGGAUCUUGGAUGAACACUCUUUCUGUCAUGGAGCAGAUAUUUCUUCAGGGACACUCAAUACCACAAUACUGUUACACAUGCUGAAUACAUUCAGCGGCCGCACGACUCCUAUACCAUGGGUACAGUGCCUGUUACGUCGACUAGCGGGUCAGGGAAUGACAACGCCGAAACUCUGAGGGAAAAGGGGAACGCAGAAUUCCGGUUAGGGAGAUUUAUGAAGGCGAUUGACUAUUACACAAAGGCCAUCGAUUGCUGCAAUGAGAAUACAAGUAACGACACACCGUGGUGGUCCUAUAUUUUCUUUUGGAGGCAAAGUAAAACUUUCAGUUUGCUCUCUCGCCUCCAUGGGAAAAGAGCCGAAUGUUACCUGAGAAGCAACAUGCCAACACAGGCUCUGACAGAUAGCUUGGAGAGCGCCAAGCAAGACAGUAGAAACUUCAAAGCCCAUAUUCGAGUCGGAAAAUCUCUUAAAGAACUCGGAGAGACAGUCCAAGCUAUUGAAUCGUUCGUUACAGCCUUCAACGUCCUAUCCUCAAACUGCACUCAAGCCACAAAGCAGGAGAUACUUUCAGAAAUAGUGAAAUGUAAAUGUAUGCCCCACCAGAUCGCUGUCCCUCAGCUGUAUACUAUUGGGCGUGAGAUGUGGGCGGAGAUGGUGCUCUUUCAUGUUUCUGCCUCGGAUUGGGAUUCGGCCUACAAGGACUACCUAUUGAUGCUUAAUGCACCUGUGUUAGUGUCUCAGGUGGACCUGGAUCUGAAACCACUCUGCAAUACUCGAUUUUUGUGUGAAAACCCCUGGCUAGGGGAUUCCAUCUUAUUCCUAAUGAAAAUGGGAAGCAAACACCAUACUAUGACCACAAGAGCUGAUGAUACAUAUCUUCAUGCAGGCCUCGAAGUAGCGUUUGCCUCACCUCACUUCACAAUUACAAGCAACAAAGAAGAGAUGGGUGCAGACCGCAUAUGUGAGAGCAUGUAUGAAGAGGGUUGGGCUUCCAUCAACAGACAAGAUACCGCCAGAGGUGUGGAUAGAUUUGUUGGAAUAUUGCUCCAAUAUCAUACUACAGCUUGUCAUCACACAGUUGUUGUGAAAUGUUUGUCGUCCAUUGUUAAUACUGCAAGUCCAUCGGAUCUCGAUAACAUCUCCAUAAAAAAGGUACAUGUUUCCAUCGUGAAGGCACUGAUAGAACGUUUUGCUUCAAGGGGAAUGUGGAAACAUAUAAAGACAGUUGUCGAUGUAUAUGGUGAGGAAGGACUGGAUUCAGGACUUCCAAAUUCGAUAUCUAUUCCAAAUCUUCUAGACUGUGAUACAAUCAACGAUUUCGAAAAGGAAAGUGUUUUGAGGAUAGCCAACAGAUAUGGUGCAAAGUACUUUUCACAAGUCCUGUUGAAAGCAGCAUCCUUGGGCCUCAUGGAAUAUCUAUUUGACAUUGGCGGCAGCCCUUUCUACUUGUCUACAAACUCGGAUGAGCCACAACUGCAUGCUGUCUUCAAUGCUGCUUCCACCGAAGGCUUACUGCGUGGCCUUGCCUUUCUAAAGAAGCUCAUUGCUCUGCACAGGUCAAAUCCAAAAAAAUACCAUUAUCUUCAUCCCGGAAGAGCAGACGCACGGGGUGAUACACUUCUGCACCUGGCCUGCAAGCGCAAGUAUAGUAAAGCAGCACUGGAAUUGGUUCAACUGUUGAUUCAAGAAGGGGUCCAAGUCGACACAAAGAACAAGGCGGGGCGCACGCCAGUCGAUUGCAUUGUCAAGCACAAUGAUCGGAGGGUUGUUUUGCUGAUACAAGCUGGAUACACAACACCAAAGACUGGGUCAAUUAAUAGCCAAAAGGAAAAGGAAGAAUCAAAAGAGAAAUUAUCCGAACACCAGAACAAGUCAUCUUUUACAACAGAGGAGCUUGCAGAGAAGAGAUCAAGUCAGGAAUCCACAGAAAAGGAUUCAAACCAGCAACAACACAGUUUAACAGGAAAAGACACAUCACAGAUUCAGAACGUUCGUAUGUUAGUGGAACUACUGUGUGCUAACAAUAAAGGAUCUCAGCAUCAGCGAACAAUUGAACAAAUUGUUGACACCGCAAAUGUAGAAGAUCUCCCUGGAAGCCUAAUGACUAUACCGCUACCACAAUUGAAGAACCUCAUACAAAAUUUGGCAUCGAAUGGGAAAUGGCAUCAUGUGCAGAGAACGAUAGAGAUACUCGGAGUAGAAAACCUCUCUCCAACGUUGUUUCAGUCAAUUUCCAUAAGGAAUUUCAUCGCUAGUGAUUCUUUCCAAGGACAAGAAGACCAGAAACUGAAACUAUACACAAUCUUCUGCGAUCAUGGUGCAAACCUGUCUCCAAAGAAAGGAGCAGAGUCCAUGCAUUUUGCUGUAAAAUACAAAGAGGUACAACUGGCCCUUCGCUUAGUGGAGGAUGGGGUCAACACCUCUGCUGUCACAACCGACUCAGGGGGCAAUACACCAAUACAUACAGCACUUAUACUUGCGUUGGAAAAAGGUAACUUUGGCCUCCUUGAGAAAUUGAUGCAGCUGUACAAAGACGAUUCAAAGAGACAUUCAGACCUCAAUCCUAACAAGGGCAAUCUAGAUCAGGAUACACCACUGCAUGUAGCUUGCAAGUAUCCAUUUAGUGAGAAUGCAUACAACGCAGUUAAACUGCUCUGUCACUGGAAGGUUUGUUCCAGUGCUGUAAACUCAGAGGGGAAGACACCUGUUCAAUAUGUCAGGGAUGACAAGCGGUUUCAGUUAUUAAAUGGCUACUCGCGGCCGGCGAGUGAGACAAUUUUAGAAGAACACAUUGAGAGUUGUAAGGCAAGGAUACGUGAAAAAUUGUGCAGAGUGGCAAAACAGAAAUUGUCAGAUAUAAUUAAACUUGAUGAUAAGAGUGGAGUGGGUGCAAGUGAAAAGAGCAGUUAUCAAAGUGAUGUUUUAGAUUUUGACAAUCUAAUUUGGGAGAUUGAAUGCCUGCCAUCAUUUUGGAAAGAACUUCGAAAAAUGACUUGUGUUGUAAAAUCACAAGUAAUAAAGGCAUUAAAUCAGAUUGGCAAGGGGGAAUGGACAAGAAACGUACACAAACCAGUAACACACAACGGUUUGCAAAUUCCAUUAUAUGAAGCUAAAACGUCCAAAGCAGCCAGAAUCAUCUGGGAAGUUGGCAUAUCAAGGGAUAUCUCGAACCAACAAAGCAACACAAUGUAUCAUGAAGUUAUUCGAGUUUGGGCCGUAGUGUUAGAUCAUGGCAAAUUGCAGAGAACAAUAGCACAUGUUGUGGAAUGCCAUAAAAGAAGUGAAAGUCGUGAAAAGAUAGAGAAAAUGCUUAAAGGGUGUAAGCAUUCACAGUUUGAAGGAUGUAUGAAACAACGAAUGCCCGUGUCAUAUGUGGCAGCAAGAACAAACCAUGAAGAUGAUCUUGAUUUCUGUCUUGUCAGUGACGAUGCGAAAAUGCCCCACAUACACAAGUUUCAAACAUUUUCCUCCGCAAUGGUUGAUGUCAUUCUACAGAAUGUACAUGUUAAUGUUGACUUCCUGUUCAAAGUUACUGACAAAGAGCGUAGUAUAAUAGACAUGAAAAGUAAAGGACCCGUUUUGCUACUUGGCCGAAGUGGUACUGGCAAGACUACCUGCUGCGUCUAUCGGUUGUGGACACAUUUCGCCACAUACUGGGAAAAAAUCACAGAAAUUGGACAACCAAAUCUGCCAAUGCAAGAUGAAGACUUUGAGAGCAACUGUAAAAAUAUAACUGAUCCGGAUACCCAUAUCCAUCAGUUGUUUUUGACCAAAAACAAUGUCUUGUGUACAGAGGUACACAAACAUUUCAUGGAAUUAUGUCGUGGACAGAUGGCAACAAGAAGACAUGCUCACAAGGCAUCAGAAGACCUUCCUCCAAGGCUGCAGGAUAUCGAUGAUCUUAGUUAUCCCCUGUUUCUCACCUCGAAGCAAUAUCUGUUGAUGCUGGAUGCUUCUCUGGGCCCUUCUCACUUUUUCCAAAGGGAACCUGAUGGCACACUCAGUGUGCGGAUAGACGGAUGGGAUGAUGGAACUACGUUAUUUGGAUUUUCUCCACUUGACAUUGACCAAAAGGACGAUGACCCAAAUAUAGAGAAAGGUGUUCCCAGAAAUACUCAAACAAAACCGAUAGACCCAAGGAAGGAGGUCACAUAUGAAGUAUUUGCUCGUGAAAUAUGGCCAGAUAUUGCCACAAAAGUGGCAAUGAAAUAUCACCCAUCUCUUGUAUGGGCAGAGAUCAUGUCCUUCAUCAAAGGUUCGUUUAAAGCAUUAUCAAAUGAAUCAGGGCAUCUCACAAGAGAUGAAUACAUUGAUGUUGGCAGGAAAAAAGCACCAUUCUUUGUGGGUAAGAGAGAAAUUAUCUAUGAACUCUUUGAGAAGUACAGCCGCUUCAUUAAACAGAGGGGCCUGUUUGACAUUGUCGAUGUCGUUCAGAACAUUUACAAACGUCUCCUAGACCAAAAGCAAAGCCGUCCGUUUAUCGUGCAUCAGAUAUACGUAGAUGAAAUACAGGAUUUUACAGAGGCUGAACUGUUUUUGCUUCUCAGCAUUAUGCGCAAUCCAAACGGAAUGUUUUUGACAGGUGACACGGCCCAAGGCAUCACAAAAGGGGUUUCGUUUCGUUUUUGUGAUCUGAAAUCAUUGUUCCAUCAUGCUAAAGUAUCUGGUCUUUUUGAGACACAGUACACAAUCACUGUGCCUUGUGUUCAGAAACUGACUCACAAUUAUAGGUCACACAAUGGAGUGCUAUUACUUACAUCUGCAAUCCUGGAUGUCAUGGAAGAGUUCUUUCCUGAAUCAUUUGACAAAGUACAUAUGGAAAGAGACGUGGGUUUGUUUCAAGGGCCAGCUCCAGUUCUCAUACAAUCGUGCAGAAGAGAAGAUUUGCAUACACUUCUUCAGGGAAGAAAUAGAAGUUCAUCAUCGCCAAUAGACUUUGGAGCUCACCAGGCCAUCUUAGUAGUGAACGAAGAAGCUAAAGCGUGUGUGCCUGAAGAAAUGUCCAGACGUUGCAAUGUCCUCACUAUCAUUGAAUCCAAAGGACUGGAAUUCAACGACAUUCUUCUUUUCAAUUUUUUCAAAGACUCACAGGCAUCGAAAGAAUGGAGAGUGGUAGCUUCGUGCUUGGAAAGACAUGCCAAAACGUUUACAGAAGAUCAUGAAGUUUUCCAAAGCAUUGGUGUCCAUCCACUGGCCUUUGAACCCAACAAACACAAGAUUCUCAAUUUUGAACUAAAGUACCUGUACACAGCUCUGACUCGGGCACGUGUCAAUGUGUGGAUCUUUGAUGAGGAUGAAGAGAAGCGGGCACCAAUGUUUCAAUUCUUCAAGGCUAAAAACCUGGUUCGAUGCAAGUCUGGCCAAAAUCUUCCAUGCAAGUCUGGCCAAAAUCACCUUCCUGAUGAUAGUACAGACGUUUCGAGAGAAAGUGAGGCGGAUGUGGGAUUUGCUGAAGAAUCCACACCAGAGGACUGGGUUAGCCAGGGUGAUACUUUCAUGGUGCGCCGUUUGUAUGACGACGCUGCAAAAUGUUACAGAAUAGCUGGUGACAUACAAAAAGAAAAAUCGUCCAUGGCACACAGUAGAGCCAUGAAAGCUGUUGGUCUCAAGAAUAACCCAAGGGCCAUGAAAAAUGAAUACAUCACAGCAGCGGAAGAGUUCAUUGACUGUGAUCUUGGGCCCGAGAUUGACAAAAAGGCUGCACUUUGUCUUCAGUAUGCCAAAGAAUAUGAGCUCGCUGGAAUGGCAUACGAGAAAUGUGAAGAGUUCAAGCAUGCGAGUACUAUGUACCAUCGAGCAGAGGAGUUUGACGCGGAACAGCGCUGCCUGGAGAAGGCUGAGCCCGCGGCUCGGAAUGAGACCUAAAAGACAGCAAAACCGUACAACUGCCUUGUGGUGUUUCCAGGUGCUUCUACGGAGAGUUUAAGCUUGGGUGCUACUGGAAGCGCUGGUCAUGGUGACCUGUUUCGAGAAGCUCUGGGAUCACCAAUGUUUAAUUAAUGUUUCAUGAAUGUUUCUUUUGGAUAUUUGUGGCUUCCAUUGUAUUUGUGUGGGAUCCCUUAUGUGUGACAGUGUACAGAUGCAGAGCUUUAGACGCGGGAAAUAGCGUUGAGUUCCUAAUUAAAGGAAUUGUAUAGAUGUCCCUGAUGAAUAUUAAUGCAACUGAAUGUAUGCUUCAAAAGUACAAGAGAGUUGGUGCUGAAUGCCGUGUUAACAUUGUAUCACAUGUAUCCACUCAAUGUAGUGAGUGAGUGAGUGAGUUGGGUUUAACGCUGCUUUUAACAGUAUUCCAGUUAUAUCACAGUGUGUCAGCUUGAUGUGGGAGGAAAGUCCGAAGAGAUGCAGGUCUCAGACUUUUACCACU